AUGGAUAAAGGGACGAAGGGCAAACUCCUCUUUGCACAUUUGAACAAAAGGCCAUAUAUCAGCAAGGCAGAGGAAAUUACCAAGUCCAGAAGCUGCACCGUCAAAAAGAACAAACUCAAAAAUAUAUACGUGGAUUUUUCCCUGAAUAAAUAUAUCAACAUAAAUAGCCUUAAUGUAACCAAAUUUAUUAAGACGCCAAUACAUUACCAGACAUUUAGAGAGCUUGUCGACACGAUAAAAAGCGUCAGCAAUGUGAGGUUGCAAAACAUUCACUUGGUGAGAAAAAUUGUGAAUUCUAUGGGGGUUUACGUAACGAAUUAUUUAAACAACGUGAGUCAAUUGAGCGAUUUGAGUAGUUUAAACCCGUCGAAUGGUGGAGUGAACUGGGAAGACAACUUUUACGACAUGGAUAAUUGUGACGAGGACGAAAAUGCGAUCACUCCAAAUAGCAUCAUUACAGUUCUGAUUAGUCUAUACAAGCUAAAGUAUCGAAACGAGAAAUUUUUGCAAUUGCUGGAAAGGCUUAUAUUUGUGAAGAAAGACAAGUUUAAAUUUUCCCAGCUGAAUUUAACCCUCUACAUAUAUUCCUAUUUCAACAGAGUAAAUAAAACCUUCAUAAAUUGCCUACUAAUGACUAUUUUGGACAAUGAAAAGAUGCUAAAUGGGGAUAACAUUUUGAGCAUUUUCACGUCCUUAUUUUAUCUGAACUGUAAGAAUGAGAAGACGGUAGAUCGUUUGGCAAAUUAUAUCAUUUCCAACAAUCUACAGUUCGAUAUCAAUGUUAUCAUUUUUCUUUUGAACAAUUUGAGGAAGCUGAACUGUUCAAGUAUUUCUCUUAUGGAGUAUUUCCACGAUCAGAUUGUUCUCAAAUUGGGGUUCCUUCCUCCUGGAGGGGCAGAAAGGGGGAAGAAGUUUGUGGACCCAUUCUUUUUAAAGAGAAAGAUUCAGCACAUUAUUGAUGAGGAGAAUCGCCAACAGAGGGGUUACUCACCUGGUGCAUGCCUCUGGGGUGACGCACAAGAGGGGAACCCUGACCAUAUGCCACAUGUGAAGGAUGAAAAAAGGGGAGAAGUCACAUCGAGUUACGAUCCCCCCAUGGGUGGCAUAGACCUAAGUUACAAUCUGUGUGAAGAAGACAUAAACAGCACGUACGGAUCAGUACACAAUAAAUACAUUGUGGAAAAUAAUCACGUAGAUUAUAUUUACGAGUAUUAUAAUGAGAAAGAUCUGGAAGAGGGAAGUAAGAGCAAACUGGACAUCCUCAUGGAGGUACUCAUAUACAACAAACACUUCAAGCAAGACUUGCUAACCGUUUUGUAUGAAUAUCUUCUGAACAACUUAAAAAUUUUUAUGAGUCAAAAUGAUAGUGACAUGUGUCGCAUCUUAUCCAACAUGUAUUAUUUUCAAAUAGAUAACUUCCCGAAUGUUCUUCUUCUAAAUAAAAAAAUUCUUUUAAGUAUGUGUCACUAUUAUGUCCCAUUUUAUAAACGGACGAAAAUAAUGAUUUUUCUGUACUUAAAAUUGCUGCUAGAGAAGCACAACUAUUUUGACGUAUUUAUCGACACCAUAUUGCAGAAAAAGAUACAAACGGAUUUGCUAACUUUGGAGGGGAGACAAUUCUUAAAUCUUCUCAGUGAGUGCAAAAAUUAUAGUGUAAGCAAGUACCUUUGCGACAUUUCUUUGGUUUACUUUGACUUCUUUACGGUGAAGUACUCAUCGCAUGGGUUAGAACAAGUGGGGGACACAUUAGACAGAUUGCAAGGGGACCAACACUAUGAAUCUUCUUCCCCCCAAGUGAUCCCCCCCCAGAGGGAUGAAAACAAAAAGGGAUUCAUAACAGUCCAGUUUAACGAAAAAAACAAGCUAAGCUCCUACGACGGGCAAUUUUUAUUACACCUUUUUUACUUGUACAUUCAAAUGAAAUACUACGAAGGAAUAUUCCUCUUCCUUAAGAGCUUAUUUUCCGGGGUGAGCGAUUUCAAGAAAUUCGACCCAUACGUAUACUACAAAAUUAAUAAUCAUUCUGCCGAUUUUGCCGUGAGGAAUCAGGUCCAGGAGGUGCAGAGGCCUGAUGUGUACGUCAGGCUGAAUGCAAUGCAAAUAAUUCACCUGUACGAGUAUUUUAAGAGCGCCUUUGAGUCAAAUGAAGAUUUUAUCACCCAACAGGGUAAUAUGAUAAGUGCGAACCAUGAAAAGGCUCUUUAUCACCACUUCUACGCAUUCAAUGGGGAUAAUUCUGGUGAUGGCAGCUUGGGGCAUGUUGCCUCCCCCUCGCUAGUUCAAAUGAAACAGUGUAAGCACCCUUUGCGUUGUGAAAAUAAGACAGAAUCCGGUCCAGUCAGCAAAUAUUUAUUCACCGAAUGGAAAGUUAACUACAUUAGUGGUAAUAACCUCACUGCUACUUCGAAGUGGGAAUCCAAUAGGGCGUUUGGAAAUGCCCUCGAAGGGGGAUGGAACAAUGGGGGGAUCCCUUGGGAGAAGAAGAAAUACAACUCGAAGUUACCAAAAAAUGGAGAAUUAAAAAAUGAGCAUCUCAGCCAAAAUGGAAAUAUCGUCCAAGACGAAACUAUCCACUUUGAGAGAAGCACCUUCCACGUAGACAGCCAUGUUUAUAAUGUCCUGAGCAACAUCUUCCUGUACACCCCUGUGGACCUAUUCGCGUUACACAUUCACCACCUUAAUUCGAAGAAUAUCUUUUUUUUGUUGCAGAACAUAAUUUUUAAGUUGAAUUGGCUGAACGUUCAGUACCUUUCCCUUGUAGUUGCAAAGAUAUUUGCCCGAAUGAGUGAAGAAAUUUGUCGCGAAACGAAGAAGGAUUAUUUCGUAUAUCUCGAUUUCUUCCAUGAUUACUUACUGGGGGAGGAAGGAGCUAGUCAGAAGUUUUCCUAUCAGUCGAAGCGGACAGGGGGCACACAAAAUGUUAGUUAUCUAGAUGGGCGGGACAAAAGACUGCUUAUAAGUAGGAUUCACCAAAAUUGCAUCACCAAAUGCGGAGACCAAGAUAAGGUAAAAAAACGCAUCGCAUAUAUAUUGUGCAAAAAUAGAAGCUACGCUAGGUAUGUAAAUAAUGAGAUCAUCUUUGACGAAAAAUUUCUAAGCCUCCUUGUUCAGCUUGUCUUAAGAAAAAAAACAAUUUCCCCCCCUUGUUCUUACUACGACAUGACGAAUGACAGUUUGCUCCUCAUAUUGAAGUGUCUACGAACGAGGAAGAAAAACCCAAAGUACAUGCAGAGCGUGGAAGUAAUAACGAACAUAUUUCUGUUUAGGUAUAUUCAGUACAAGUACAGCGAGGAGGCGAAUGAAGACAAUUUGUCCAAAAGGUGUGCAUCUGAAAAGGUGCCUUUUUUGGAUUCCCAAGUGGUAGAUAUGCAGGGGGGGGGAAGGGGGUUAUGCCUGAAUUUGGACUUGCAUGUAAAUUCUGACGCAAAAAUGAACUCCUAUUUGGAAUGUAAUUUGUCCCAACAUAGGGACCACGCAGAGGGAACACCCGUCCAGAAGGACAAGCAAUGUGGACGUAGAACACAUAACACUGCUCUGCAGCGAAAAGGGGAACAUCAGCCUUCUGUCAGCUUUACGAGUGCACCGGGGGAUGACACCCAAAAGGGCGCUUCCAAUUCCCCUAGCUCAACAGACGAGGGCAACUUAAACGAGGAGAAUCAAAUGACGAAUAAAAAGGAUACGCCGAGAAAAUACAUACGAAUAUAUUAUACAAUUGUGAAGGUUCGAUAUUUUCACGAAAUGUCUAUCAAUAAACAUAUAUUUCGUGAAUUGUGCGUAAACAGAGAAUACAUCGAUAAUGCCAUCUUUUUGAACUUGCUUUUUUUUAUAUAUAAAUACAAGUUUGACGAAAUGAGAUACAUCCUCCUGCUGCAGAAAAAAUGUGCCCUGUAUAAGGACUUAUAUUAUACGCAUUCGAAUUGUAGGAUAGUGGAAUUUCUUUGUAAAAAAUUGAAAAUCAAUUUGGACGAUAGCGUAAGGACUAUCCCCACGAAGCAGACGUCUUAUGAUUAUGAAAAUUUAUAG